UGCCGCUCAGAGAAGCGCUCAGGUCGGACAGGGCACAGUCCUGACCGUUGACGUGAGCAGGUUCUCCGCAAACAUUAUCCAGACUCUUCCAACCUAUGGACGUGAUGCUAUUCAGCAGCCGGAGCUCACGGGUAGCCUCUUCCCACCUGGACUCUUGAAUUUGUUCCUUUUUCAGACCGUUAACGGCACUUGAACCAUGUAUUUAAGAGAGUCGGAGCGGCUUGUGUCGGUUCGGUCCCGGUGCUUCUGUCGGGGCAGCUGCUGAAGUUGUCCAACUUCGUAGCCGCUAGCUGUUGGAGCACACAAGCUAGCUCAUGUCUUAUGCGGUUGUCAUUUGCAUUCAGCGGUUGUCAGUAUCAUCUCCACGGCCACGGGCUUCCUUCUCACCCGGCCGUCUGAUGGUAGGGUGAGGGGGAAGAUGCUGAGAUUCCUCCAGAUCCUUUUGACAGGCCUGUUAGGUGCUCUGUGGGAUGGAGUAGCUGCUUUUGGUGGGAUCCGACUUGUGGACGGGGAGAAUGAGUGUUCUGGCAGAGUUGAGGUGCAACGCCAUGGUCAGUGGGGGACGGUUUGCGACCAUGGUUGGGACUACCGAGAAGCUGAAGUGGUGUGCCUGGAGCUGGGCUGUGGCUUAGCUGAAGCCGCCCUUCAGGGUGCAGCAUAUGGUGCAGGCGCUGGACUGAUCUGGCUUCAGCAUGUCCAGUGUACGGGACAUGAGCCCAGUCUGUCACGCUGUGCUCUUUUCCUGGGGACUAACUCCUACUACUGCACCCAUAAGAAUGAUGCAGGGGUGAAAUGCUUGGGGAGCCUCUUGACACCUACGCUCUCGCUGCUGUCACCUCACACGGUGUUCUCCUCAGGGGAGGCAGUCCGCUUCAGCUGCAGCGUUCUGCUGGGUCACCACCACCUCAGUGACUUCCACCUGUACAAGCACGGAGUGUCCACUCCACUGGUGACUCAGAGGGUGGACCAGAGCCAGACCACAGUGGAGCUGACGCUGUCCGACCUAGAAACUUUCCACCAGGGCAGCUACAGUUGUCAGUAUAGGAUCAAGGGCAACUUUCCAUCUCAGCUGCUCAGUUCUCCACCCAGUAACUCCAUCAACAUCACAGUGGUGGAGCUCUUAACUCCCCAACACUGGUACAACACGUCCAACGAUGCCCCGGCUGGUUCGGUCAUUAAGGGCCACAGCUUUAACAUCACUUGCUCCACGCUGCAGCAGUACCCAGGAGGCUCGUUCCAGCUGCGACUGAUCCGGUCCAACGGCACAGUCCGUCAGUCUCUGCCUGCCCUCAGCCCCUCUGUCACUUUCACCUUCCCCAGCGCUCAGAGCUCAGAUGAGGGUUAUUACUACUGCCUGUAUCGGGUCCAGUUGGGCGGACGCACUUUUGUCUCCAGAGAGAGUCAGCCGCUGCCCAUUUCUAUCAGAGACCCAGAUCCAGUCCUGAGUCCGAUGGUGAUCAGCUGGCUCGUGUCGGGCCUGACGUUUGUCGUAGCUGUCAUCAUUAUCAUCAUCGUGGCUAAAGUACUGUGUAACAAGAAGAAAAGUAAGCCUUCAGAACUGGAGAGAGAGACCAGAACCUGUGUGGACAACACUUAUGUUGCCUUAUCAAUUAACAAGAUCUGACUGGGUGUCGAGGCAACAGUGAACUGAAGGUUAAAACCAGUGCGUCGACAGUCAGAAGGCAAAUGUCAUGGACUCAUCGGGUCCGUCAUCCACUAUGGCUGUGCAGAAGCCGGAAACCAGUUCACCACAAUCUGGAUGAGCCGCAGAACUUAACAGGACUCUAAUGGAACUGUAUAAAAUAUAGUCUUUCUUGAUAGAUGUGGGUGUUCUCCAGCAGGCAGAUGCUGAUACGACUAAUUUAACAUGUUUUUAACCAAGGGCCACAGACACUGGAUGCACACUAGAUGCACAGUACACAAAGUCAAUGUUGGCUCAAGGUCAGACUUGGCUACUGCCAUGACCCCAGAUAUUCAGAAUGAAUAACACAACUAAAAGCUCAACUGGGAAACUGUGACAUGGGUUACUCAGGUCUGUGUGUAUAUACUGUACAAAACACUAUUUUUAUUUCCAGUCAUGUAACACUAACUCUACAGUACCUGCUUCUAUAGAUCAACGAUUCGUAUGGGAUCACUUCAAGUGGCGACUAUGCAUUACGAAUUAUUUGCAAUGUCUUUUAGAACUUAAAAUGUGUAAAUACAAUGACUGAUUAAAAUGUUGCUAUUAGUGAA